GCAGAAGGUGGUCGAUCAAGAUGGACAAUACAUUCUAGAUUGAAUAAAUGUAAUCAGACUUUGAAGUUAAUUCAACCUAUCGCACUUUGAGAAAAACAGCUGUACCACAUAUCCCUGAAUAUAAUGAUAUACUGACAAAUGUGAGUAAAUGUAAUUUAUUAUCUAUUUAUUGCUAUUGUUCUUAUACUUAUUAUUAUUGAUUGACAGAUUAAUGUAUAAAAAAAAUAAGAACUGCAAAUUUGAACAGAAAUAUUACAAAUGCAGAGAAUGAUACAAAUGAUACAAAUAGUGUAUUGUCAUCAACUAAUAUUGAUCAUUUUUUAACUUCGGAUUUUGAAAAUUGUAAUCCAGUAAGAUUAGCUUCGACAGAUGAUUAUAUAGCAGCACAAAGUAGUAAGAAUUGUACAUCGUCAUUAUCUCCGGCAAACACUAAUCAAAUUACUUACGAUCAUGGUACUACACUGGUGGUAAGAUAUAUAUUAUUUAGUUUUAUGUAAAUUUUUAAAUAAAUUGUAAUUAAUAUUGUGUAGGCAUUCGACGUUGCGUUGCUCGAAUUUGAAAUUCUAUUUAUCACGUUUGUGUCUAUCGAUCACCUGUUUGCCGUCUUCUGUUGACAUCUAACAAGGCCACAGAGGAAAGUAUAAAUUCGCUUGCUUGCGGAGACAUUCGACGUUUAGUAAUUUGGUAACAUCGGCGAAGAGCAACCGUAACGAGAAGCUCGGAAAGUGAUAAUAAAGCGAGUGACCGUUCUGACUCCAAUCCUCGACACUGUAUUCUUCAUAAUAAAGAACAACGAUUAUAAACCAAUUUGUGUCUUAUAGUAAAUCAGAAGUGGGAUAUACGCCUCGUUACGGUGUACAGUUUUGCUCGUUAAUCGCCGUAUUUAGAUUUCGGAAUAAUUUUGUGUUUGUGUGAAAUUUUGCUGACAAAAUGCCUGGCGGUCAGAAGAGAGCUUUGUGUAGUUUGACGAUCUCCGAACUGAAGGAAGAGCUACGCACCCGCGACUUGCCCGUUUCCGGAAAUAAAAAUGAACUUCUCGCGCGACUGUUAGAAGUCGAUCCAGACUUCGAUAUAUCUGGGGAAAACGAAGAGAUCGAGGAAACCGCUCGAGUCCCGUCGGUGACGGAUGAGGAUCGGCAGGAGAGCGGAAGAACAAACGGACAGUUGAGAGACCAUUCCGAUCUUAUGCAAGAUGAAAUGGAAUUCCUUCGACGGGAGAGAGACCUUUUGCGCCGUGAAAUCCAACUUAUGCAGCGUGAGCGAGACUUGCAAACUUCGUCUGGUUCGAACGCACUUACGAUGCAGUCGACGAUCGGCAUUAAGACGAUUGCUGAUCUUUUGGCUGAAUUUUCGGGAGAGGAAUGAUUUCCGAAAUUGGAGACAACAAUUGGAACUCUUACAAGAUACGUACCAUUUGGACAGUAAUGCUGUUAAAAUUUUGAUAAGUUUACGAUUACGAGGUAAAGCAUUGAGGUGGUUCCACUCGAGGCCUGGUCAUUUAGAGAUGUCAGCUAAGGAGCUCGUGAAUGCAAUGAGUGGCAUGUUUGACCAUCGUCCAAACAAAUUAGCACUGCGGAAGGAAUUUGAGAAUCGCUUGUGGCGUAAGGACGAAUCUUUUUGCGACUACGUUUUCGAGAAGACGACUCUGGCCAAUAGAAUCACUGUCGACCCAGAGGAGCUGAUUAAUCUGAUGAUCGAUGGUAUCCCGGACACCCGAUUGCGAGAUCAAGCAAGGAUGAAUCGCUAUGAAAGGGUGGAGGAUCUCUUAGACGCAUUUAAAAAGAUCACACUUUAUGAGCAACCAAGGAGUGAUCGAGAUCAUCGAACUGUUAAGAAGCCGUCAUCUGUGAAGCCGACGGCGGGAGCGGAUGCGACUCGUCCAAAGGAGGCUCAUUGUUUUAACUGCAACGAGGUUGGCCAUGCUAAAAGGGACUGCACGAAGCCGCAGCGUGAAUGGGGUUCCUGCUAUCGUUGUGGCAGCCUGGAGCAUCAUUCGAGGAACUGUACGCAGAGUCAUCCGACGACGAGCACUGUUCCAACGCAGGGGACAUCGAGAUCAACGGAGACUUCGACCCAUCUCAUUCAGCCAACGCGUCCUGAGGUUCCGUUUCUGAUUCCAAUUUCUUUUACAAUUCCGAACAAUGACAGUAAUAUUAAUUUUGUUAUUAGCGCGAUAAUUGAUUCGGGAUCGCCAGUUAGUUUGAUAAAAGUCGGUUUAUUGCCUGUCGGUUCGUACAAUACAGAAUUACCGCAAAAUCAGACAUACCUUGGAGUGAAUCAAUCGCCGUUGGAGAUUCUGGGCAUUUUCGAGAAGGUCGUGGAUGUCGAUAAUGUUUUGAUGAAUAUUCGGUUUCUUGUUGUUCCGGACGAAACGAUGUCUCACGUCGCGCUACUUGGCCGUGAUUAUUUGUUGUCGCCUCUAAUUAAAGUCACUUUGGGCCGUGAGUUCAAGAUCGAGAAAGUAAAUUCAAACGCGAUCGAAAGUGAGCCGGAUACUCAUGUCGGUCACAUUAUGCAAAUCGAUUAUGUUGAUACGCCCGAAAGUGUAACAGAAAAAUUAGAUAUCAAUCCGGAAAUAAAUUUCGAGACAUCUUCGGCAUUGGAGAAAAUGUUCUGGGAAAAGGACGUUCUAGACUCUGAGCCUUCAAUCAGUAAUGUAGAAUUGGCAAUUAAACUCACGGACGACCAACCGAUUACUUUUCGACCUCGUCGUUUGGCUUUUAGCGAGAAAGAAAAAUUACGCGAAAUUUUAGAUGACUUAUGUGCGAGAGGGGUGAUUAGACCGAGUACUUCUCCUUAUGCUAAUCCUAUUGUAUUGGUUCAGAAGAAGAACGGUGAGAUACGUUUAUGUGUUGACUAUAGAGAAUUGAACAAAAUUACCGUGAAGGAGAAUUCUCCGACACCGAACAUUGACGAUUGCAUUGAUCAGUUACGUGGAAAAAAAUAUUUUACAAAACUUGACUUAUAAAACGCGUUUCACCAUGUUAAAGUUUCCGAAUUUUCGAUAAAAUGUACGUCAUUUGUUACACCUUUAGGACAAUUCGAAUUUUUAAGAAUGCCUUUUGGGCUUACUAACGCUCCGCGGGUCUUUCAACGAUUCGUCGGGUCAAUAUUCCGUAUACUGCUUAAUGGAAAUUGGAUUUUAAUAUAUUUAGAUGACAUUUUGAUAGCUACGGAAACAAUCAGCGAACAUCUCUCUAUUUUGAAGGAAGUUUUCCGCUUGGCAAGGAAAAGUGGGUUACGUUUCCGUUUAGAUAAAUGUUCGUUUCUUUAUCGUGAGAUUACUUAUCUCGGUUAUUUGAUUGACGAAUCUGGAGUUCGACCUAGCCAGGAGGGCGUUAGAUCUGUUCUGGAGUAUCCGAUCCCGCGUAGCAUAAGGGAAGUACAACGUUUCGUAGGCCUUGCGAGUUACUUCAGGCGUUUUAUUCCGAGGUUUUCCGUCGUGGCAAAACCAUUUUACGAUUUGCUGAAGAAGAAUGCCACAUUCCGUUUCGAUCAAAAAGAAAAUGAUGCGUUCGUUGAGUUAAAAAAUAAAUUAGCGAGUAAACCGGUUUUGGCGAUUUAUUCACCGGAUCUAAAAACAGAAUUGCAUUGCGACGCAAGUGCAAGCGGUUUCGGCGCAAUAUUGAUACAGAAGCAGCCGGAUGGAUUCUUCCGACCGGUCUUUUAUUUCAAUAAGCGAACUACCUUGGCGGAGUCCAAAUAUUCGAGCUUCGAAUUAGAGUGUUUGGCUGUCGUCUACGCGGUCAAACGUUUUCAUGUUUAUUUAUACGGCAUGCAUUUCAAGAUAAUUACAGAUUGCAAUAGUUUCCGUCUUGCGUUAGCUAAACAGAGUAUCAAUCCACGUAUUUCGCGUUGGGCUUUAUUUCUCCAAGGUUACGAUUAUAGGAUUGAACACCGAUCGGGAUCCAGGAUGCCGCAUGUCGAUGCAUUGAGUCGAUGCGAUAAUAUACUCGUGUUAGAACCGAAUACCUUCGAAACUGUAUUUAGCUCUCAAGCAGACGCAAGAUGAGAAAAUUAACGAAUUGCGUGAGAAACUAGAAAAAAGCGAACAAAAGUACUUUGAAUUACGUGACGGAUUAGUUUAUAGAAAGUUUAAUGAUAAUAAAGUUUUGUUCUAUGUUCCUGAGAGCAUGGAGAAUAACGUAAUCCGAAAUAGUCACGACAAUUUGGGCCAUUUAGGCGUAGACAAGGUAGUUGACAAUAUUCGAGAGGUAUAUUGGUUCCCACAGAUGCGAGAAAAGAUUAAAACAUAUAUCGAUAAUUGCUCAAAAUGUAUUGAAUUUUCGCCGCUCAGUGGAAGAUCCCAGGGGUUUUUACAUAGUAUUGAAAAAGAUAAUCUUCCAUUUCGAACUUUACACAUUGACCAUUACGGUCCGCUUGAGCCGAGUAAAGGAAUGAAAUAUAUUUUAUCUAUCGUUGACGGGUUCACGAAGUUUAUUAAAGUAUACCCGUGCAAAUCCACGGCUUCUGCGGAAGCAAUCAAACAUCUAAAAGAAUAUUUUAAAAUUACAGUAAACCCCGUCGUAUUAUAAGUGACCGAGGAACUGGUUUUACUUCUGAAGCCUUCAAGGGAUUUUUGACUGAGCAAACCGUCGAACAUGUAUUGAUAGCGACGGCGACACCUCGCGCAAAUGGACAAGUGGAACGCUUCAACCGAGUUAUCACACCAAUGUUAGCGAAAUUGUCAGAACAACCAAACCGUUGGGAAAAGGUUUUAGGCGCGGUAGAAUUUGCGUUAAAUAAUUCUGUGUGUCGUUCGGCGAGAGAAACGCCGAGUCGCCUACUGUUCGGGAUUAAUCAAUUGGGCGAAAUUAGUGAUAGUUUGCGUCUUGUGUUGGAAUCGGACGGAGAAGAUGAAAGAGAUCUGCUUGCGAUACGUGGUAAGGCCUCCGAAAAUAUUGCGAAGUGCCAGCGGGCAAAUGAAGAAAACUAUAACCGGAAGCGUAAGCCGGCGACCAGAUAUCAGAAAGGAGAUUAUGUAAUGAUUUCGAAUCGAGAUGUGACACCAGGUAUAAAUAAGAAAUUGUUACCGAAAUUCAAGGGACCUUAUGUCGUAGAGAAGGUUUUAGACAAUGACCGAUAUGUUAUUAAAGAUGUAGAGGGGUUUCAGUUAACACGCGUACCAUUUACAGGAAUUGUCGGUCCUGAUCAAAUGAAGCCUUGGAUCCGUUAUUAAAAUUAGUUCUCGAAUCGAUAUUUCGGCGAGAUGUAAUGUGCGAUCAUUAUUUUAAUAUUAUACAAUUUAUAUUUGUUACGACCUCUUGACCGAGGACGGUCAUUAUGUCAGGGCUGGCCGAACUGUAGGUAUUCGACGUUGCGUUGCUCGAAUUUGAAAUUCUAUUUAUCACGUUUGUGUCUAUCGAUCACCUGUUUGCCGUCUUCUGUUGACAUCUAACAAGGCCACAGAGGAAAGUAUAAAUUCGCUUGCUUGCGGAGACAUUCGACGUUUAGUAAUUUGGUAACAUCGGCGAAGAGCAACCGUAACGAGAAGCUCGGAAAGUGAUAAUAAAGCGAGUGACCGUUCUGACUCCAAUCCUCGACACUGUAUUCUUCAUAAUAAAGAACAACGAUUAUAAACCAA